AUUUGUUUUUACGCGAGCUGGGAUUUCAGGAAGUGGGCGUGGCGUCAGACGGAUCAUUUGCAUAUGGUGAGGUAUUUAUUGAGGGAGCGGCGUAGCGAGCAUCACUCAGCUGCAGCAACACAGCCUUUGUACCGUCACAUCGCUGAUCCGAACGCCGAGCCUUUGUAAUUAUGGGUGACAAAGUGGACCUCACGGAAGUCGCUGGUUUUGACAAGACCAAGCUGAAGAAGACUGAAACACAGGAGAAAAACACACUGCCCACCAAAGAGAUCAUCGAGCAGGAGAAGACGGCCUGAAGCCCCCCUCCACCCGUGUGCCAUGCACUCCACUUCUCCAGCCCCUCCCUGCAUCCCCUUCUUUUGGAACCUUCCAGCAAAGUGUUUUGAGAUGGCAGUUCUGAAGUUGUGACUGUACAAAUGCACAUCACUCACUUGGCAAGAUGUCCUCCGUACAAGGAGGAAGUGUGGUCUCCAUGUCUGCACCAGUUCCUGGUUAAGUUUCCUCUGCUUUGGGUGACAGUUUUGCGUGUCUAAAGUAAACAGGACAAGCUACAAAUGUUACCUGUAGCUCUACUCCUAUUCACCACCUGUUUAUACUCACAAAUCAGUUUCUUUUGUAAAGAACUUAAACUGGAGUGCACAAGUUUAAAUAUGCAAAAUAAAAUGUAACUUGACAUG